CGAUUUAGGGUUAUAAAGUCGUGUGUUGUAGAUUUCUUUCUCCCAGUAACAUAAAGCAUUGCUUCUGUCAUGUGGAAGAGGAACCAAAAUAUUUGGUUGUCGAUACUGGACCAUAGUCAUCCACAUGUGCCCUCUUCACCAUUGCCAUUUUUUCAUCUUUUUCCACUGCUCACCUCCCACCUCGUCAGCAAGUCCACUGCCACAUCUCGAACAAACCACUCCUUCCUCGACGCUAACCACGACCAGGAUUUCAGUCCCAGGAAGAGACACGGCUUCUGGUCCUUUCUUUACCUCUCUUCCAAAUCAUCCAAGAAACUCAACUCCAAAAGCUUCAGGGGCACCAACACCAACACCAACAUCAAUGUCAACCACCCGCCCAGGAUCUCUACCAUUAACUCCGCACCGGGAUUUACUUCUGUCAAGCCCAAGGAAAACACUUCCUCUGCUUCUUCUGUCAGGACUAACAUUGUUGUUCAACAGGACACCAAUAACAGCAGUAACAGUCCCACUGCUCAUGCCACUUCUUAUAUGGAGCGUAAGGUAUCGAGAUCCAGAUCUGUUGGUUGUGGCAGCAGAAGCUUCUCUGGGGACUUCUUCGAGAGGAUUUAAAAAUGACAACUUUAAAUUUGUAGGAUACAUAUCUCGGGGGUGAUUUGAUACACAAUAAGAAUGAUGGGUCGGUCUGCAUUUUCUGGAACCGAGACUUCUCGGCUUGAGAAUUUAGGAUAGAAUGCCAUGACCAUGAUUGGGAAUAUUUGCUUCUCAUUUUUUGUUAUUGAGAUUUUGGUUUCCACUAUUAUGACUGCU